AAAUACUGUAAAAAUUCAAUCUUUAUCACUUUCUACACCGCUCGAGUGAUCUGAGCCGUUGAUUCUCAAUCCCAUUUCCUCAGUCUCUAUUUAUAGCAAAACCAAUUUAUUUCCCUCUCGUUUUGGGUGAAGCGUUGAGCAGAAAAAGGCGAGAGCUUUUGAGAUACGGCGGCUCGGGCAAGAGAUUUUUAUGUCGGCUAGUUUUGAUUUGGUUGCUGUGUCUGGGGCUGUUCUCAAGCUCUGUUUCUCGUCAAUUCCUUCGAUUUCUGUUCGUUUCAUGCGCAAAGCCCUCUGCUGCUCGAUUCAGCAGAGCGACCUCUCUUUCUCCCCCACUGUUUCGAUGCGUUUGAGGCCCAAACGGACUUGUACUGGAGUUGUGUGUUUUGGGGGUUUUCACAUAAAUCGGCUGAUAAAUCGAUUGAUUCGAAUCUCAACUUAGGAAUUUUGUUAGAUUGGUAGAAUUGGUAGAAUAAGUGAAGAUUUUUAGGGGUUUUUGAUUUGUCUUGAAGAGAGAGAGAGAGGAAAUGAAGGCGGAGCUUCGGAAACCCGUUUUGGUCAAGGUCCGACCCGAACCCGUUAAGCCAGCUAUGAGAAAGAUCCGAUUCGUUUGCGAUGACCCGGAUGCGACGGACUCCUCCGACGAUGAGAGAGACGGAGAGAGGAGAGUGAAGCGUGUGGUUCAUGAAGUCCACUUUCCUUUGGUGAAUCCGAAGGAUUUGGAAUCGGAGAGCUCUGAGAGUGGAUUUUUCAAGAAGAAGAGGUCGUUUUCCGCGGCGGUGGAGAAGAAUCCGGCUGCCGGGAAAUACAGAGGCGUGCGGCGCCGGAAAUGGGGGAAAUGGGCUGCGGAAAUCCGCGACCCGAUCCAGAACAAACGCGUCUGGCUAGGGACAUUCGGCUCGGCCGAGGAGGCGUCCCGGGCUUACGAGACGAAGCGUCUCGAAUUCGAGGCCUCGACUUUCUCGUCCUCCGAGAACGGCUCGGUCGUCGUUCUCGAGCGCGUCGAGAAAAAGGUCUGGAGGGACAACCCUGUCUACGCCUCAGAUGAAUUUUCGAGUGGCGGUGGCGGCAUUGCGUCGCAGACGAGUUCGUCCGUGAUGGUAGCGGCAGAAUCGGUCGGCAUUGCGUCGCAGACGAGUUCAUCCGCGCCGGCAGCGAUGGAUUCGGCCAAUAAUGUGAUGGAUGAUGGAUUGAUGGGAUUGGCUCAGAUUGAUCUCGAUGUGGAGCUCGAAGCCCUCGUCGACGGUUUCGUGCCGUGUUUCGAUGAUUUCGCCGAUGACGACUUGGACGAUUUCCCGAUUUUCGGGUUUGACGACGGAGAACAGGGCAGCGCGUUGCCGGAUUUCGACUUUGAUUUCGAUUUCGAGGGUGGAGCGAUGGCGUGGAUGGACGAGGCGGCGCCGGUGGCACCGGGUGCUAUGAAUGGGAUCAAUGGAGCAACGCCUUCUUUCAAUAUAGCUUGCUUAUGAGUCUAUUAAGUUUUGCAGUUACUAGGAAUUUUGUUUAGUGUUACUUUUAAUAUUUAUGUCUAUGUUUUGGGCUUUUUGAGAAAAUGAUGUUUCUAGAACUGGAAAAUUUUAGUUUUAGCCUUUAGGGAUGUUUUUAUGAGUUUUGAUGGGAGUUUUUUGUGCUAUCGAGUUCGGAGUUUCCUUCGGGUUUUCUUGUGCUUUUCGAGCCGUUCGAAGGGGUUUCGAUUUGUCGAUCAAUAAUAGUUUCUCAUUUAGUUUCGAGUCCUGUGUUACAAAUGAAGUUGUGAUUCAUCGGAUUCGAUCAAUAAUAGUUUUUCAUUUAAUUUUAA